AUGGCUAUGUUUGACUCCGCGUCACGGGUCUUUCUGGCCGCCACAGCAUUGCGCCUGAUCCUGCUUGUCUACGGCGGCUGGCAGGAUGCUCACUCGGCUGUAAAAUACACCGACAUUGACUACAUGGUCUUCACGGACGCAUCGCGCUUCGUGGCUAAGGGUCAAUCCCCAUAUACCCGGGACACCUAUCGGUAUACGCCACUUCUAUCGUGGAUACUUCUCCCGACCGCCUGGGAAGGCAUGGCAUCACUGGCUUCCGUUGCCUUUGCGUUCGGCAAGAUCCUCUUCGCCCUGGCAGAUGUACUGGCUGGCUGGCUGGUUGUCCAACUUUUGUGUCGGUGCUAUCAAUUCCCACCUGAGCGAGCUCUUCGAUACGUUGCUACUGUGUGGCUCUGGAACCCCAUGGUUGCUAACAUCAGUACCCGUGGGAGCUCCGAAGGUCUACUCGGCGUGCUUGUUGCCGCGCUGCUGUGGGCGACAUUAACCAGAAGGGCGGCCUUGGCUGGAGUCAUCCUAGGGCUCUCAGUCCACUUCAAGAUCUACCCAUUUAUCUACGGGGUCUCCAUUCUAUGGUGGUGGGAUGCCCAGCGCGAUGGUGCGAGCCCUGCUCAGAAAUCUGAUCUGGUCUCGCGCAUUCUGGGAUUCGUGACUCCGUCGCGGGUGAUCCUCACCUUCUCGGCAGUGGCCACUUUUUUUGCCCUGAAUAUUGCCAUGUAUAUGCAAUAUGGCAUGCCUUUUUUGCAUCAAACCUUCUUCCACCAUCUCACCCGCAUCGAUCACAGACACAACUUCUCCCCUUACAGCACCCUGAUGUAUCUCGCCUCCGCUGGCGAUGCCAGCUAUCGCUUCGAGGCCCUCGCUUUUCUACCGCAAUUGCUGCUUGUUGUCAUUGCUAUUCCAUUGGUUCUGGCCAAGAAAAGCCUGGCAACUACUAUGCUUGCACAGACGUUUGCCUUUGUCACAUUCAAUAAAGUCUGCACUAGCCAGUACUUCAUAUGGUAUCUGAUAUUGCUUCCAUUUUACCUGCCAUCUUCAUCGCUCAUCAAAAAGCCGACGCUGGGUAUCACAGCUGCCAUCCUCUGGGUCCUUGGACAGGCUCUGUGGCUCUCGCAAGGCUAUAAUCUUGAAUUUCUUGGCCUCUCUGCCUUCGUCCCUGGGCUCUUCCUUGCGUCCCUCUUCUUCUUCGCGGUAAAUAUCUGGAUUCUGGGAAUUAUCAUCCACGACGUAGGCGAGGAUGAAAACAUAAACCCUGUAACAAAAGUCGUCCAGUGA